CAGCACGGCCAGCACGGGGCCUCCAGUGCCUCGCCCCACGGAGUCAGGACCUACCGGUGUAUGACGCUCUGUCUGGAUUUCAUUGUUUGGUGACAGAAACCCCAGAGGACUGACCAAUUCUUCACUCCAAAACUAUGGCCCACGGUUUGGUGACGUUCUCUGACGUAGCCAUAGACUUCUCCCAGGAGGAAUGGGCUUGUCUGGACUCAGCACAGAGGGACCUAUACUGGGACGUGAUGCUGGAGAACUAUAGCAACCUGGUCGCCCUGGAUUUGGACUCAUCGUAUGAGACCAGGAGAUUGCCUGCAGAAAAGAGCAUUUAUGCGAAAAGAUUUCCCAAGAGGGACUCCAGAGGAAAAAGCAAGUCCCUCGGCUCUGAUUGGACACGUGAAGGUGAGUUUGAAGGACGACAGGGCCCUCAGAAGGGAAUAUUCAACCAAAUGACUGUCAACUCCGGGAAAACACCCCCUUAUAGAGAAAACACCCCUGUUCGACCACAGCAGAAGCUUCGUAACAGGGAGAAUGCCCUUGAAUGUAAGGAGUGCGGCAAGGCCUUCAGCCGGGGCUACCAGCUCUCUCAGCACCAGAAGAUCCACACGAGCGAGAAGCCCUAUGAGUGCAAAGAGUGCAAGAAGGCCUUCCGGUAUGGCAGACAUUUCGCCCAGCACCAGAAGAUCCACACGGGCGAGAAGCCGUACACGUGCAAGGACUGCGGGAGGGCCUUCCGGUGGGGCUCGACCCUAGUCCUUCACAGACGGAUCCACACGGGCGAGAAGCCCUACACGUGCAAGGACUGCGGGAAGGCCUUCCGGCGCGGCAACCAGCUCACCCAGCACCAGAGGUUCCACGCCGGGGUGCACUACGGGUGUAAGGACUGCGGGAAGACCUUCAUCUUCGGCUCAACCCUCGUGCUGCACAAGAGGAUCCACACCGGCGAGAAGCCCUACGAGUGCUGCGAGUGCGGGAAGGCCUUCCGGUGGGGCUCGAGCCUGGUCGUUCACAAACGGGUCCACACGGGCGAGAAGCCCUACACGUGCAAGGACUGCGGGAAGGCCUUCCGGUGGGGCUCGAGCCUGGUCGUUCAUAAACGGGUCCACACGGGCGAGAAGCCCUAUAAAUGUGCAGAGUGAGGGAAGGCCUUUAACUGUGGCUAGCACCUCACCCAGCACGAGAGAAUUCACAUGGGCAAAACGCCUUACAGAUGCAAGCAAUAUGGGAAGGCCUUUAUUUACAGGUCAAGCCUCGUCAAACAUGAGCGGAUUCAUACCGGGGAGAAGCCCUAUGAAUGUAAAGAGUGUGGGAAGGCCUUCAGCCACGGCCAUCAGCUCACACAGCAUCAGAAAAUCCACACAGGGGAGAAACCUUAUGAGCAUGCAGAGUGUGGGCAGGCGUGUAGCCGUGCAGACGAUGUCGAGAACCCUUCUGAGUACAAAGGAGGUGCCCGGGCCUCUCUGCAGCUCUCACCCCUCCCAUGUGAUGAGGGAGAUUCCUGACGCCGUUUCACAGAAGAAGGCCUCCUGUGUCUCCUGCGCGUAGAAUAUCAGUCAUGUUAGAGUUGAAUUUGGAGGAUGGAGAAAUCACUUUUUCUCACUGGUCACAACAUACUAAGCGUGGAUUUUUUUUAACUGGAUAGGUUCGUUUGAUGAAUUCAUUUGCUGUCAGAUUCAUUCUAGGGAAUGGCCCUGCUCAUGUAACAUACAUGGGAAAGCCCUUUCCUGUGGCCUGUCCCCUGUCUGCCAGCAUCCCCUUCCCAUCGGUCAGCUUUCUGCAGGACACCAGGAAGGUCACCUGUCACCCUGUGCAUUAUUUGUGAUGUGGGGAUGGUCGUGCCUGCCUGGUAUUGCUGUUGUGUGUGGUUACAUGUGGUAUGUAUAAACUCCUGGAAAAGUGUAUCUGGGAUGUUAUGUGAGCUCAAUAAAUAGCCGUUGGCGCUUAUCAUUGUGGCCAUGAAUUGUUACAGGAAGACCCCCUGUGGGUAGAAAAGACUAUUGGACUUCUGAAGGAAACGUAGGAGGUUAUUGUCACAACCUUGGGGUGGGCAGUGUUUUUCAGUACACAGAAGACACAAAAUGUAACAGGCUGGAUUUCAUCAAAAGUACCAAGUUCUUCUGUUCCUCGACACCACAAAGGUGGUGAAAAAGCAGCAGAUGGGGAGAUGGCAUUUCCUGGACAUACACCUGACAGCUCAGAAAAUACAGAGCACCCACCCAACAAAGGGCUCAGAAAACAGAGACUCCCUCCAGUCAGUAGUAACACCCAUUAAAGAAGGCGGGGGCCUGGAUGACACACGUGGCCAGUGAGUGCCAAUGUGUGCAGCACAUUUCUCAAGGAAGUGUGGCCACCCCACCAUGUGAUGUCACUGGACACUCAGCAAAAUGGCUGAAUUAAAAUUGCAUGUGAACUGGC